AGAAAAAAGAGAGUUUUAGGUAGGAAAAUGAGAAAACAUGUAUAGUUUGGGGGCCAAAGUAAGCAUUAAAAUAUUUUAACCGUCGGGUGGAAGUCGGGGCAGGAAAAAAUUGGCCUGUACCAAACGUCGACAUUCGUAGCUUCUAUUUUAAGGAAGACCUCGAAACAGAAGCAAAAGAAUGGUGAUGGGUAGAGUUAGAAAUUGGUGGAGCCAUUCCAAAACUGUAGCUGUUAUAUGGUUCUCUUCUCUUGCUUUGUUCUUCUUUCUCUUCCAAUUGGCUCUCCGAAAUUCCACUUCUCUUUCUUCCCUUCCUUCUUCAGAGUCUGCUAUGGCAAAUAGCAAUCGAAGAUCAACAUUGUAUGAUAAAAUGGAAAGGGAUUUGGACCAGCAUGGAGCAGCUUUUCUUAAACAUGGUGAAACUUCUCAAUCGCUGUCACUUUCAGAUCUCUUUACUUUGAAAGAUGGAUUUGUAACACCUGUACUUAAGGCAGCACAUCCUCCUGUACGGGCCAACGUCUUGUAUAUGAGCACAGAAUACUCAGUGCCCAUCUCGAAGGCUGUAAAGCAAGUAUUUGAUCCAUACUUUGACAAAGCGAUCUGGUUUCAGAACUCAAGCUUGUACCAUUUCAGUAUGUUCCACGCAUCGCAUCAUAUUGCACCUGUUCCCGCCUCUGAAAUUGAGAUUGAAGCUGAAGCAGCUGCUGCUAAAGCUGUUGCAGAGGGGCUAUGCCCUUUACAAAUCGUCUUAGACAGGGUAGUUUUAACUUCGACUGGUGUGCUUCUUGGCUGCUGGCAGGUAAUUUCUGGAACGGAUCCCGUAAGCAUUCGUGCUAAAUUGAGAACAGCACUUGCACGAGCACCAGAGAAGCAACUUUAUGAUGAGGCUAUUCUUCACACGUCUUUUGCAAGGCUUCUGAGUCACCCUAAAGCUUCACUCAUGGACACUGAUAGUACUUCAAAUCCAAUCAAACUUUUCCAUAAGCUAGUCUCUCAACUAAACAAUGAAAUCCGUGGAUUUAAGGCAAAGGUAAAGGAGCUGUGGUAUGUGGAGGAAUAUGAUGUGUUGGCCCUUGCCUUAAAUGGAAAAAUGAAGGUGCGCAGGUUCCAAAUGGGUUGCUCAAGAACCUGAAGUUCCAAAUUCAGAUGCAAAUUUAAGCAUAUUUCAACUUCCAUUUCUCCUACAGAGUUGAUACAAUAGCGUACAAUUCAUAGUUUUAUUUUGGCCGGGAUUAAAAAUGUUAAGAUACCUUUCUACUACUCCAAACAUGAAUUUGGGAUGUUAUCAACGAGUUUGAUUUUGAUGUAUUAAUGGACUUCUUCUUAUUUAUUUAAAAUAUGACAGUUAUUUUA